CAAAAGAAGACGUGUGCCUGUGUGAUGUGCGGAAAAAGCUUUCUAUCCGUGCCUAGUAGCAUCAUAGUUCCUUUUUCUUUAGUUUUAUAAUUUCGUCCCAUUUAAAACACGCACAAGAAAGUACACGCAACCUUACAUAAAGUGCAUUUCACGCUGUGUGCCGGCCCGUUCUGGCGAUUUUCCGUUUCCGCGUCGCAGCCGCCCUUGUUUCCCCCCGCGCUUGAAAGAUUCGCGUGUUCGACGAUAAGAUGAUAAAACUCGUGCCGUUUGCUUGUUGUAAAGCGUAGCCUAGUUUGUGGAAAAGAAAAGCAACGCAAAGCGAGAAAAGCGAAUAAAAAGGAAUUGUACACUUUCCACCCACCGGAAAAGAUUCUAACCAGCAACUGCAACAAGAGCCAAAGAGCGCGAGAGAGAAAGAGAGGGUGGAGAUAGAACGAGCAAGCGAAUCUAAAGAAGAGAAUUAAUCGGAAACAAGAAAACGGCUUGAAAAGUCCCACGAAUACGCCUGUGGUCACAUACCAACUCUCCGACACACAAACACACGAUAGCUUCCCAUGGUGGGCAGUGUGUAAAAACGACGCCAACACACGUAUAGAGCGAGAAGGAUUGCUUCCAACCAAGAGGGUAGCUGGAUUGUCGUAUAGGAGAGUAGCGUGUGGUUUGGUAUAACGUCCCCUGGUUGGAAGUGGCCAGGCUAAGUGGAAUAGGCAAGACGCGCGUAGAAUAUUAAAGGACCACUCGAAGACAAGAAAAGGAACUAGUGCAGCCCCUCGGCUCCGAGGGUCGUAACCAACGCUCCACACAUUUCGUUCGGCGGCAAUUGCGACAGGCAUUAGGCAGCGACGCCCAGCAGCAUCAGGCAGCGAAAGAAGACGGGCCGUGAAGCGCGAGUUUUUAAAAGUCGUCCCCGGGUUGUGUAUUCGGUGUUGACUUCCGGGUGGAGCAGUGUGGAGCGAACAUUUUUACUUUAUCGGUUCAUUUCUUUUAAUAAUGAGUGAUUAUUCCAACCAGAACUCGCAAAAUUUUAGUCAAUCGUCAGCAUUUGCAGCCGCUUUACAGAGAGCCAAACAAAUUGCCGCUAAGAUACACCCGGGAGGUCACCAGCAGCAGCAGCAGCCGCUACCAGUGAAGAGACCACACGACGAUCACGAUUCGGGGCCAGAAUUGAAAAAGUUCGGUGGACAGUCUGAUUACAAUAAUGCUAGCUCGCCUACUGGCAUGAGUCAGGCUGCAAUGCAAGCCGCCGCCCAAGCUGCAGCAGUAGCCGCCCGUCUGUCGCAGAACAACAGCAGCAAUAACCAGAACAACUUCAACGCUCCCAACGCUCCCGGAGGCGGUGGAUCGCAGGACCCGAACCAGCGCGUGCGCGAACUAAUCAGCAAGAUGGUAAACCACGGCCCAAUGGACAACGGCAAUCAUCCCGGUCAGGGUGGUGGAGGUGGCGGCGGCGGCGGUGGUGGAGGCCGUGGAGGGGGUGGUGGUGGUGGCGGCUUCGGUACAUACCAGGAGAUGAUGAUUCCUGGUUCGAAAGUGGGUCUGAUCAUUGGCAAGGGUGGUGAAACAAUUAAGCAGCUGCAGGAAAAGACGGGCGCCAAGAUGGUGAUCAUACAGGAUGGACCGGGCCAGGAGAUGGAGAAGCCGCUGCGUAUUUCCGGCGACCCGCAGAAGGUGGAGCAGGCGAAACAGCUGGUAUAUGAGCUGAUCCAGGAAAAGGAUGCGUAUUCGCAGCGACCGAACAUGAAUGGCGCCGAACAGGCAGAAGUGUUCGUACCGAAGGCGGCCGUCGGUGUGGUGAUCGGCAAGGGUGGUGAGAUGAUCAAGAAGAUUCAGGGCGAAUCGGGCUGUAAGCUCCAGUUCAUGCAGAGCCGUGGAGAUGGUCCGGGUGACCGGCGCUGCAUUGUGCAAGGGUCGAAGGCGCAGGUCGAGGAAGGAAAACGAAUGAUUGAGGAUCUAAUCGACAGUGUGCUGCGCCGUGAACAGCAGGGUGGCGGUGGUGGCCGCGGAGGAGGUGGAGGUGGGGAUGGAGGUGGUCACGGGCGCGGUGGCAUGGGAGGUAAUCCGAAUCAGGAAAAUAACUACAAUAACUACAAUGGACCGCAGGUGACGCGGUUGGAGUACACCUUCACUGUACCGGUAUCGAAAUGUGGUAUAAUUAUCGGACGUGGUGGUGAUACGAUCAAACAGAUUAAUCAGCAGUCCGGUGCACAUACGGAGAUGGACCGAAAGGCGUCACAGAAUCAGACGACGGAAAAAACGUUCACCUGUAAGGGCGAACAGCAUCAGGUGGACGAGGCGAAGCGUUUAAUUCAGGAUAAAAUCAACAUGGAGAUUAAUAUGGUGUACGUCGGUUCCACGUCCGUACCGGUCAAUCAGUACCAGAACAAUGGCGCUGGGGGAGGUGGUGGUGGCGGUGGUCCCAACGCAUACCAGCAGGGUGGUUGGGGUGGCGGUUAUCAGUCACAGGGUGGCUGGGAACAUCCGCAAUCGGCCCAAGUAAAUGCGGCAUCGGCCGCGGCAGCAGCUGCUGCGGCGGCAGCGCAACAACAGCAACAACCGCAGGCAGACUACUCGCAACAAUGGAUCGAGUAUUAUAAGCAAAUGGGAAUGCAUAGAGAGGCGGAAGUCAUUGAGCAACAGAUUAAAGCACGCCAGGCAGCCCAAGGAACAAUGGCAGCUAAUCAAAAUGUGCAAGGUCAAACAGUGAUGGGCGCGGCAGGAGCCGGAGCACCACAACAACAGGCGCAACCGCAACAGCAACAAGUCGGCGGCCAGGCAGAUUACAGUGCAGAAUGGGCUGAAUACUAUCGACGGAUCGGCAAAAUCGACGAGGCGGAAGCAAUCGAGAAACAGAUCGCUGCAAACAAGGCCUUGCAAGCACAGGCCGUUGCGGCAGCGGCAGCAGUAGCAGCGGCAACCGGUGGUAAUCAGCCCGGUGGACCGGGUGGUGCUGGUAACGGGCCAUAUGGAGGAGGCGGCGGCCCACAGCAGCAAGGACCUGGCGGCUAUGGCGGUCAACAGUACCAGCAGUACUACGGCGGUGGUGGAGGCGGAGGUGGCGGCGGUGGUGGUGGCGGUGGUCAACCGGGAUACGCAGGCUAUCCGUAUGGUGGAGGCUAUCCGGGACCGGGCGGUGGAGGGCCCCAAAACCAAUCGAAUGCAUCCAAUCAGGACAAGAAUUAAAAUGAAGAUACCACGCACGGUCUCUUCCAAACCCUUUCGGCAAAACGACAGCCUUCCAGACUGUGCACCAGCGUGUAUCUCUACUCCCACAUCAUGAACGGAGAGCUGAAGGGAGUGUGAAAGUAAUGAUGCAUCGUGUUCGAAAAAAUGAAGCGAAGACUUCCCUCGUUCCCGACUGGGGUUUCCAGGUUCGAUCCUUUUUUAUUGCAACUCCCACGCAGUUGAUUAUUAACGCGUAAUGUUUCGCGAAUGUAGCAUGAACGCUCUUAUAACCUAACACUACUUCUCUACCAAUAACUGCAACUGCAUAAUACAACAGUGCGAGGCGAAUGGAAAAGGCCGAUAGACGACAAAUAUAUUAUAAUCCAGCAUAGCAGCAAGUGAAAUAAAUUGAAGUUCGAAGUAAUUAUGAUUAAUCCACAAUCCAAUCUAAAUAAAACUAGUUUUUAGGGAAUACCUAUGAAAUGGUAACGUUUAAUAGUAGCGUUAGUAGCAAUAUUAUAUCAAACCCGAUUAACGGAUAGUGAGAGGCUUGCAAAGAAAAGGUAGUAGCAGUUAUUCAAAAGCAAAAAAUGAUCGUUGCUCGGAACCGCGCAGAGACAUCAACACAGCCAACCGAUACUCUACUGACAUACGGUACAGAGCUGUCGACUCACUCUACUCCGACGAAUUGUCUGAUCAGCGGUUCCGGUUUUCUAUGGAAAGUACUGCGAGGAAAGGAGGAGAUGUACAGUUCCUGCUUGCCAAUCUCUGUGUGCAGUUGUUUCGUAGCAUUUUUCCUGAAUCACAUGUAAAGAACUAUUUAAUUAUAGCUAGCGCGCCUUGUGUCGAAAACAGUUUGAAAUAUAUUACUUCUAUCGCAUAGAGAUAGAAUCAUUCUUCCAAAGGCAGGAUAGCGUCCGAUCAGUUUCUUAGACGGGUGGUACGAUGGAUGCGCGACAACCGUCACGGUGAGACACGGGAUGAGAACGAGUUUCAACGGCGUGGCUAGAGUUUCCGGAACGGUUGUAUGUAUAUUUGAUGUAGCACUUUCAAGGGGACGGCAAUCAACAACUCGCCGCACAAUUCCCCUUUCUAAGCUGUUGUGUAGAAAAAGAUUUCAAGUGUUUCAACGAUGUGCAGCACAUCAGCUUCCCUAAAGCGGUGCAGAAACUUCUCGGCAGACCGUUAGCCGCAAUGUCAUCGUCACUUAGCAUUGGUUAUAAAGCAUCGGUAUCACAUUACGUGCAGUAAAGGUAUCACAGACAACACUACUUGUGCUCAAAUGACGGAGAAAAACGGACGCUUUGAAUGAGUAAACAUCAACAUUAUUGUAAGUUCUUCAAAUACUAAUUAUAAUGUUAACACACAACCAGAAAUGAGUAAUGAAACGAAAAGGAAUCCAAUGCAAGUUGCUCUCUCCACUAUUAGUUGAUACAUAAAGUGUACCUAUAUUUGUGUAUUUAUAGCACUACAAAUAUUCGAAAUAAUGUUUCUUUUUAUUAUCCUUUUGUUCAUAAUGAUAUAUUCCCUAUUACCCUUGUUUGGUGGCAAUUUUAAUGCAUAGCUAGAUUCGUCAAAGGGAGGAUAAUCUUCUCCGACCUGGCCAUAGCGAAUCAUCACAACCGGACUGAGCAUCAGGUUUUUCGUUUUAAAUUAAUUUUCUACUGGUAUUUUUAAUUAAAUAAUUCAAUUCAUGCUUGUAUAUUGCUAAACAAAUAAUUUAUUUAGGAGUUUUCAAAAUAAUUUAU